UGAACAGGCAGGGAGCAGCGCCUAGGGAGGAGGACGUAUGUCGAUUCGCCAAGGUGCCUGGAAAAUUGAAGGAAACGCUGCAAGGGACAGCUUUUAGAUAUUUCGGGGCUUGCCAAUUAGGGCUCCGUUCAGGGUCGAUUACAUCGGUUUUUCAUUCACUGUGAAAUAGAGCCUGUUAUUUAUCCCACAAGAUGGGCAAUCGGGGAAUGGAUGACUUGAUUCCUCUGGUAAACAGACUGCAGGACGCCUUCUCUGCCAUCGGACAAAAUGCCAACCUGGACCUUCCUCAGAUCGCAGUGGUCGGCGGCCAAAGUGCUGGGAAAAGCUCGGUUUUGGAGAACUUCGUUGGGAAGGAUUUUCUGCCUCGUGGCUCUGGUAUUGUCACUCGGCGCCCCCUAGUGCUGCAGCUCAUCAACUGCCCUACUGAAUAUGCUGAGUUUUUGCAUUGCAAAGGGAAGAAGUUUACAGAUUUUGAUGAGGUUCGUCAGGAAAUUGAGGCAGAGACAGAUCGCAUCACUGGCCAAAACAAAGGCAUUUCACCGGUCCCUAUCAAUCUGCGCGUCUAUUCGUCUCAUGUUUUGAAUCUCACCCUUGUGGACUUGCCUGGUAUGACCAAAGUGCCGGUAGGGGACCAGCCGCAUGACAUUGAGUCUCAGAUCAGGGAUAUGCUAAUGCAGUUUGUGACUAAGGUGAACUGCUUGUUGCUGGCUGUGUCUCCGGCCAACUCUGACCUGGCCAAUUCAGAUGCCCUCAAGAUUGCCAAGGAGGUGGACCCUCAGGGUUUGAGAACUAUAGGUGUGAUCACUAAAUUGGAUCUAAUGGAUGAAGGAACCGAUGCACGUGACAUCCUGGAGAACAAGCUUCUUCCUUUACGUAGAGGCUACAUUGGGGUUGUGAACCGCAGUCAGAAGGACAUUGAUGGCAAGAAGGACAUCACUGCUGCAAUAGCAGCGGAGAGGAAGUUCUUCCUCACCCAUCCAGCCUACCGUCACCUGGCCGAUCGCAUGGGGACUCCGUACCUACAGAAAGUUCUUAACCAGCAAUUAACUAACCACAUCCGAGACACUCUGCCAGGACUGAGGAACAAACUUCAGAGCCAGCUACUGUCCAUUGAGAAAGAGGUGGAGGAGUACAAGCACUUCCGCCCUGAUGAUCCUUCUCGCAAAACCAAGGCUCUGCUACAGAUGGUGCAGCAGUUUGCGGUGGAUUUUGAGAAGUGCAUUGAGGGUUCAGGAGAUCAGGUGGACACAGUGGAGCUGUCUGGAGGUGCGAGGAUCAAUCGCAUCUUUCACGAGCGCUUCCCCUUUGAGCUGGUUAAGAUGGAGUUUGAUGAGAAAGAGCUGCGUAAGGAGAUCAGUUACGCCAUCAAGAACAUCCACGGUAUCAGAACCGGUCUGUUUACUCCAGACAUGGCCUUCGAGACUAUUGUUAAACGGCAGAUUGCAAAGAUCAAAGAGCCAUGUCAGAAAUGUGUGGACCUUGUCAUCACUGAGCUGGUCAAUACAGUCAGGCAGUGCACCAAGAAGCUGGCUCAGUACCCCAUGCUUAGAGAGGAAAUGGAGAGGAUUGUCACCCAGCACAUCCGAGAUCGAGAGAGUCGCACCAAGAAUCAGGUCAUGUUGCUAAUUGACAUCGAGUUAGCAUACAUGAACACCAAUCAUGAGGAUUUCAUCGGUUUUGCAAAUGCCCAGCAGAGAAGCAGUCAGAUGAAUAAGAAAAAGGCUGCUGGCAAUCAGGAUGAGAUAAUGGUGAUCAGAAAGGGUUGGCUGACCAUCAAUAAUAUUGGCAUCAUGAAAGGAGGAGCCAAGGAAUACUGGUUUGUCCUGACCGCUGAGAAUCUGUCCUGGUACAAAGAUGAUGAGGAGAAAGAGAAGAAGUACAUGCUGCCAUUGGACAACCUUAAGCUCAGAGAUAUAGAGAAGAGUUUCAUGUCCAGCAAGCACGUGUUUGCUCUCUUUAACACCGAACAAAGGAACGUGUAUAAAGACUACAGGCAGCUUGAGUUGGCUUGCGACACUCAGGAGGAGGUGGACAGCUGGAAGGCGUCCUUCCUACGAGCUGGAGUUUACCCAGAGCGCAUCACUGAUAAAGAGAAGCAGAGUGAUGCUAGUGAGGAGAACGGCUCAGAUGGCUUCACGCACUCCAUGGAUCCUCAGCUUGAGAGGCAGGUGGAGACCAUCAGGAACCUUGUGGAUUCCUACAUGGCCAUUGUCAACAAGACUGUGCGGGACCUCAUGCCCAAGACCAUCAUGCAUCUCAUGAUCAACAACGCUAAGGAAUUCAUCCAUGCUGAGUUGCUGGCUAACUUGUACUCAUGUGGAGACCAGAACACUCUGAUGGAGGAGUCAGCAGAACAGGCUCAGCACAGGGAGGAGAUGCUGCGCAUGUACCACGCUCUGAAAGAGGCCCUCAACAUCAUCGGGGACAUCAGCACCACCACCGUCUCCACUGCCAUGCCCCCGCCGGUGGAUGACUCCUGGCUGCAGGUACAAGGAGGACCUUCAGGGCGCAGAUCUCCAAUGUCUAGUCCCACUCCCCAGCGUCGGGCCCCACCUGGGCCCCCUCGUCCAGGUGGACGCACCGCCCCAGGACCCCCUACUGCUGGAGCACCUCCUGUGCCAUCCAGACCUGGAGCCUCUCCUGACCCCUUCGGCGGCCCCCCGCCCCAGGUCCCCUCUCGUCCCAACCGUGCCCCACCAGGUGUCCCAAGCCCUUCUGUCCUGACCUGAUCCCUGGUCUUUAACACAAGAAAGACAGAUCAGUAACACUCUUCCUGCUAUUUCUACUUCUCUUGCCUGUCACAAUCCAUUGCUUUUUCUCAGCUCACACAGUCCAACUCAGAGACCUGCACUAACAAACCACUCACACAUUUUUUUCAACUACGCUGGUUUUCUUUCUCCAUCUCCUUGCCAUGUGCAUAUUCAUUCAAACAUUGUUUUAAAUCAUUCAGUUCAUGUAUUGUUUGUACUGUAUAGUAACAUCAGUGCAUCAGCUUUGUGAGAUCAUUCUCUCAUGAUAUACAUGUUUGGGAGGAAAUUGUGAGGAAAACUCAGACCAUCAGACCAGUUAAACGGGACAAACCAUGGAGAUGAUACGUUUUUGCUUCCUCCCAUUGCCUCUUUUCUGUCGACCCAUGUUCUCCUCAAACUCAGUCCCACUAAAUCCCUUCCACAAUGAUUCCGGUUAUUGUUUCAGAAUUUCUAUCAGUGACCAAUGAGGAGUUACGCAAACGGUAUGUCCGACAUAUUGUCCUUAUGUGACAUCACCACGUCCUUGCAUGGUUUAUCUUUAAAUGUGUUCACAUCUGCUGUUCCCUAACACCUGUCAUUCACUAGAUAUGAGUAUACCAGGCUGUCUAUUACUGUCAAUUCAUUUGAGUAUUUUAUUUUUCUAAAGUCCUAAUUUAAACUAUGCUUAGAACUGCCAAUUAAUUUUAUAAGGAAGAGUUACCUGGUUGAACAACUCAGUCUUAAAUGUAUGUUAUA